GAUCUCGGCGCCAUUUUGAGAAGUCAGCGAGAGUUGCGGGAAUAUUUCUAAAUUAGCUUGCUAACUCUGUGUGCGCCGUUCACGAUUGAUUUAGAUAUUAGAUAGCUUGAUAUUUAUACAGCCAUUUCUUAUAUACAGUUACACGGCUUUUCUUCAGUUAGCUCGCUCGGUAAGUAGUAAUCUUCGGAUGUCGGGGGAUAAUAUGUCGGGCGGCGGGAGCGUGGUUCGUGGCCCAGCGGGAAACAACGACUGUCGGAUCUACGUGGGUAACCUGCCGCCUGAUAUUCGCACUAAAGACGUGGAGGACGUGUUCUACAAGUACGGAGCGAUCCGGGAUAUCGACUUGAAGAACCGGAGAGGAGGACCGCCGUUCGCUUUCGUGGAAUUCGAGGACCCCAGGGAUGCUGAUGAUGCGGUGCACGGUCGUGAUGGUUAUGACUACGAUGGUUACCGUCUCCGGGUGGAGUUCCCCCGUAGUGGUCGUGGCGGGGGGAGAGGGGGGAUGGGCGGUGGAAGGGGCGGUGGUGAUGGUGGAGGACCCAGAGGAAGAUAUGGACCUCCAUCACGACGCUCUGAGUACCGGGUCAUCGUCUCCGGUCUCCCCUCUAGUGGUAGCUGGCAGGACCUAAAGGACCACAUGCGCGAGGCAGGUGAUGUAUGUUACGCUGACGUGUUCCGGGACGGUACCGGCGUGGUGGAGUUCGUACGCAAGGAGGACAUGACCUACGCUGUCCGCAAGCUGGACAACACCAAGUUCCGCUCCCACGAGGGAGAGACUGCCUACGUGCGUGUGAAGGUGGAUGGACCUCGCAGCCCCAGUUACGGACGCUCUCGGAGCCGUAGCAACGGGCGUAGCAACAGCCGCUCACGCAGCUUCUCACCGCCGCGACGCAGCCGGGCCUCUCCACGCUACUCGCCACGACACUCACGCUCCCGCUCCCGCACCUAGAUACACACACCUCCAGGAACCCCAGCCCAGCAGACCCCAGCCCAGGGAGAGGGAUGUGAGAUCAUCAGACCAGGAGACUCAAGACAGAUGCCCUCCGGUGGAUCUUCUAAUGCGUUACAUCAUUCUACCGUUCUGCUGUUCCUCUUGCCUUCUUCUUCUUGUUCUUCUUCCCCUCCCUCUGUUCUUUCAUCCCCUUGUUUUUGGUCUAGUUUGCCACAGAUGUUAUUAUAUUUUUGUUUUAUUCAUGAUCUCUGUUCUCUUUUGUAUCUGCCCCCCCCCUCCUCCAUCUGCCUCCUGUCUCUUUACAGUUCUGCACUCCCAUCUCCUUGUCCCCCUCCUAUAUCUUCUCUCUCUCUCUCCCGCUCCCCACUCUCUUUGUCUUGGUGUUAUGGCUGCUGGGGGGGAAGGGAAGGUGUCAUGCUGUAUGAUGGGGUGGAAAUGGGAAAGAGGGGAGGUUUUUUUCUUUUGUGUUGAUGGAGGGAUGGUUUGAUUUGUGUUCUGAUAGGCUUUUGGGACACAGGAACAGAGUCUGAAUUGGCUCGGAAACAGGAAACCGUUUAUAUUAGCAUUAACAGGAGGAUGAGGAGUCAAAUAACCAGCCAAUGCUAUGACGACAGUCUUUCACCCAAAUAGCUUUCCGACCUGUUUAUUUUUAUGAUCCAGUUAUAACUGUUAAUAAAUGUUUUAAAACGGCA